AUGCAGAACAGUGGUCGACCGGUCUCCAACGCAGGCGAAGCCGCAGAGAAGGCCAUCCUCAAAACCCAACAGGACCAUGGCAGUGGGGUUCCGACAAGCAGCGCCGCGCAGACAUCUCUAGACCCAGCGCUUGACCCAGCUUCGUUUCCAGACGGGGGUCUUCGAGCAUGGCUCACCGUGGGAGGAUGCUUCUGUGCCUGGUUCGUGUCAUUUGGGUGGAUGCAGUCCGUCGGUGUUUUCCAAGCAUACUACGAACGCAAAGAGCUUCGCACCUACAGCCACGACGAAAUCGCAUGGAUCACAUCUCUCGUAGCCUUCUGGCAGCUAGCUGGUGGACUCAUCGUUGGUCCGCUGACCGAUAGACUUGGUCCACGCAUCCCACUGAUCAUCGGCACAGUGAUGCACUCGGGUCUGCUCGCCGAUCGGCACGGCGUUGAUCUUCUACCAGCGAUCGCUUGCGUCGUGUCAUGGUUUCAUAAGAAGAGAGGGCUUGCUCUGGGGAUUGCGGCUGCUGGCUCAGGCGCCGCGUCGGUCAUCAUUCCACUGGUCGUAAGGUCCAUGAUUUUGGACCAGGGCUUUCCUUGGACGAUGAGGACGUGUGCGUUUCUCAUCCUCUUCAUGGGCACAAUCGCUUGUCUGACGUGCACGUCUCGUCUGCCGCCGACGCCGAAAGGGUCGCCCAAGGCUAUCGUGCUUGCGUCCCUGAAGGACAAGAAGUUCGUUUUCAUGGCAAUCUCUGGGCCGUUCAAUUACCUAGGCCAGUACUUGGUCUUCACCUUCAUCGUCACAACCGCCAUCUACCGAAAUGUUGACCCAGACUGGGCCUUCUACCUCGUCCCCAUCAGCAACGCAAGCGGCAUCUUCGGCCGCAUCAUCCUGGGCUACCUCGCCGACCGUACAGGCGCGAUCACUAUGUUCAACUACUCCUGUCUCCUCACAUUCCUGUCUGUUGCCUGCGUGUGGAUCCCAGUCUCUGGCAAAGCCGGCAGCAUCGUCUUCGCAUUGCUGUUUGGCUUUGGGUCUGGCGCAAUGUUGGCUAUGGGCGCGGCCGCGAUCGCUGCGGUCAGUGAUCCUAGGCAGAUUGGGAUUAGGACGGGGAUUGCUUAUGCGUUGGCUGGGGUUGUUACGCUGUUUGGUAGUCCUGCGGGUGGCGCGAUCAUCAAUAGUAGUGGAUACAGAGCUAUGCAGGCAUUUACGCAGCCUGCCUUGGAGUGUGUCUGGUGUUUACGCUAUAUGUCAGGUAUAUCGCUGGUGGGUGGGAUUUGA